AUGACAAGUGCCUCGGGAACUUUCCACAGCAGAAAAUAUCCUUACAACCUGUAUAAGUCUGGACCAAAUCCACAGUACAGUCCUGAGACACCUACAGGCAGACACAAAAACUACUGCGCUUAUGUCGUGGACAAGACUGUGUCAUUCACCGUGCAGGAUGGGGCAGCACCUUAUGUGAAAGCAGAAUACAACAAAUGCGCAUGGGGUCAGAAGUGCCCAGCCCUUAUGUACCGACUAUUCUACAAGCCUACGUACAAAGUGGCAUAUAAAACAGUUACUGAACUCGAAUGGCGUUGCUGCCCUGGGUUCUCUGGUGUUGGUUGUAACACUGGACCUGCAGGCUUCCCUCAUGGAAUGAAGGCUAUGCCUCCUUUCAAAGGCCCAAUGCCACCCUUCCAGGGGCCAAUGCCCUCUCAUGAGGGGCCAAUGCCUGUUCAUAAAGGACCAAUGCCUGUUCAUAAAGGACCAAUGCCUGUUCAUAAAGGACCAAUGUCUGCUCAUAAAGGACCAUUGCCUUCACAGAAGGGACCAAUGCCUCCCUUCAACAUGCCAGUACCUUCUCAUAAAGGACCAGUGCUUUCCCAUAAGGGUCCAAUGCCAUCUUACAAAAGGCCAAGGCCUUUCUAUAAGGGCCCAAUGUCUUUCUACAGAAAUUCCAUGCAUAAAGGAAACCCCUGGAUUCAUUCAAAGGCCCCAGCGAGCAACAUGAUAACUUAUCCUGGCCCUCAAAUGAGACCACCGAUGUCAUCCAACCAUGGGUCAUCAUUUGAACCCUAUUCAGUUCAUCAAGAGCCUCAACCUCAUCCUGAAACUAUUCCAGGCCAACAUGAUCCACUGACAGAUGAUCAUGAACCUUUACCAGAUCAUCAUGAUCCAAUCCCAGUUGAUUCUUCCCCAGACCAUGGGGAUCCUAUCCAAGAUCACCAUGAUAAUGUCCCAGAACACCAAGAUCCCAUCGGAAACUACCAAGAACCUCUGCCAGAUCAGAAUGGUUCCACACCUGAUCAUCCGGACUCAGAGCAAAUUACUGAGGAACAUGCACCCCCUGGUGGGAAGGAUGAAGACAGUGUGACAGCUGAACGUUUGGACCAGAUGGAGGUGGAAGUACAGCGACUGUCACAAGGUCUUGAGACUCUGCGUGGGACAGUAACCGGUUUGGAGGAUGGGCUGCGUGCCUCACUGCGUGAGGACGCUAACCGAAUGCUCUCUGCCCUGCUCUCAGCUGCCCCUGCUCCAAUGGCUGCUCCGGCCCUGUCCACCAGAGAUUCCUCUGUGGAGUUUGGGGAUCUUCCAGGUGGUGCGCCUGAUCUAGAUGGCCUGAAUGCUGGACAUUUUCCCAACCUAGGUGAGCUGGUAGGAAAGGUUGAAGAGUUACGUGCUGAACUCCAGACCAAGGCUGCCGAGCUGGUAGAGUUGAGAGGUACCAUCCUAGGUCAUGACAGAACUCUGAAAAGUCUGACAGGCAGAUCAAGGAACCUAACAGAAAGCCCCGAGGGUGCCACAACUCAAAAAACCUUAGAGAAGGUGUUAGAGUCAAAGCUGGGUGGUGAACGAGCAAACAUGCUAGAAGGGUUUGAGAGGCGUGUGGAGGCUGCUGAACAGCGUUGUGAAGGCCAGGCAGCCGAGGUGAGACGGCAGUGUCAAAUGGAACACAUGGAAGGACAAGAGCAACUGGAGCAGACAUUGGAGGGUAGCGCUGCUGGUCUGAGGAAAGAGCUGAAUAAUCUCCAUGUUCAACUUCAGGGUCUGGAACCUGAAGACGGUUGUUGCAGUGCGGUGUCAGGCCUGGCUGAGAGGGUGAUGUUACUGGAACAGUCAGUGGGUGGUUUGAAUGAGUCCCAGAUACACCUGAGGGUUGAGCUCAGCGGGCACAAAGACCACGUGGAGGGCAUGCUGGAAGGACGACUGGGCUAUGUGGAAGCCAAGCUUAACAUCACUGGGAAGAAACAAGGUGGCCUAAGUGGUGGGUCAGUUGGUAACCUGGAAACUAGAUUAGAGAGGAAGCUGACGGCCCUUGAGGAAAGGCUUUUUACUGCAAUGGAGGAACUAGGUAAUGUUACAGCACCUGCUUUGCUGGAGGGUCAAGCAGUGCCCACACUGGAAACAGAGGUUGAGUCACUCAGAAAAAGGGUGGAGGUAGACACGGAUAGGGUGCAGAAACAGCUGAGCACCUUGGAGGUUCUCUGCACCUCUUCCUGUGCCCCUCGCCCCAUCCUAACAGGAAAUGCAGCUCCGCUGUUAGCUGUGGGAGAGAAUGAGAAUGAAAACCUAGAGAAACUGAUUGGACGCCUGGACAGACAGGCAGACAGACUGGACAAGCUCAAUUCCACUCUGCGAGUUCUUAACUCUAGAGUGUCAGAUAAACAAAAUAAUGAGUAUGGAGGCCUUCAAGGCGAGGUAACAUUUCUAAAGGUGAGCGUGCGCUCCGUGAAUCGUUCUUUGCAUGGCUUGCAGGACUCCGUUGGUAUGGUAGUACAGGAGGUGGACCGAGCUAAUGCCACGUGGCAGCAACGUGAAGAGCGGCUGGCACAGCAGGUGCGGGGUUUGGUACAGCUCGUGAGCCGUCAGGCUUCCAUGCUGGGCACGGGGGAGAGGAAGCUGACCCGGCUGAAAGGAGAACUGCAGGACCUAAGACGCAGGCUUGCGGGAGAGCUCCAAGGCUGUCGUUCUACUGCGCUUAGCGUAAAGAAGGAGGUGACUGACGUGGGAGGUCGAGUGGCUCGUGUGGAAGGCCAAUGUGGGGGUCUGACAAACUUGGCAGAGGACCUAGAGAGGAUUCGGGGAGAGCUGGAGAGGCAGUCAGAUGAGUAUCUUGCUCAGGUUAACGGGACUCUUGUCAGACAUUCCCUUCAACUGUCCGAACUCAGAGACGGGCUGAAAAACUGCACCGGAGGUUCAUAUCUCAGCGAAUCAAGAGGGGACCAAGUCACAGGACUAGCUCAGUCCAGAGUAGCUCAGUACAUGGAGGUGCAAGCUCACCCAAGAGGAGACCAGUUUGCAAUCCCAGUUCAACUAGUAAAUGACCAGUAUCAAAAUCCAUAG